GUUUAUUUGCAAAUUAUAUCAAUAAAUAGUAUAUGGUCAACGUGGAAUACAAAUAGUACAUGGCAAAGCCUCUGUUCUGAAUGCCAAGUUCUGCUAGUGGAACAAACACAAUGGGCCUGAAAACAUGGAGAUGACUUUGACUAAUCACGAAUAACCUUCAUACAGUGGUCAUUUAUAUAUAGACUAUACCCAAAUGGACAGAUUAAGUUAAUCUAUAGCUCUACUAUGGCAAAGCAGAAAUUAAGAUAUUCGAGUCUCAAUAAAAUGGCUGCAAAUCCUGUAGAAAACGGGGUCUCUGGUCACAGCAAUUCUGAUGCUUUCCUCCGUGAGCCUUACGUUGAAAGCCGACAUAACAAUGGUAGCGUAAAGUCAAAUUCCCUCUCCCCAGAAGAAGAGGGGGAUGAGACUUGUGGGUGGGGCCGUUGUCAACCUACGGGGUGCCAGAGACUUCGAAAUGCAAAGCUCAUGCUGUUCUGUCUGUGUUGGGCAGGAGCAAUACAGGGAUUGGUGGUGAAUGGACUUGUAAGUGUUGUGAUUUCAACCAUAGAGCGUCGCUUUGACCUGUCAAGUACAGAGACGGGAAUUAUAGCAAGUUCCUAUGAUAUUAUGUCAGUUCUAUGCCUCAUACCAGUUAGCUAUUUUGGAGGUAGGCCUAGUGGCCACAAGCCCAUGUGGCUGGGAGGAGGAAUGAUUCUGCUGGCCCUGGGAUCAUUUAUAUUUGCUUUGCCCCACUUCACAACUAGUAUAUACAAAUAUGAAACUGUGGCAGAUAAUGUAUGCUUAGACGAUGAUGCAUUUUUUUCCAGUAACUCUACCACUAGUGCCUCGACAGAGAGUCUUUCCAUGUACCGCUUAGUGUUUGUUCUUGGCCAGCUAUUCCAUGGUGCCGGUGCAGCACCACUAUAUACUUUAGGUGUCACAUAUCUCGAUGAAAAUCUCAAGGCAAAAGUAGCUCCUGUUUAUAUAGGUUUAUUUUAUGCACUAGCUAUAGUGGGGCCUGCAGUGGGCUAUGUAGCAGGCAGUCAGUUGCUGGGUAUCUGGACAGAUGUUGGGGCCACAACUUUAUCAAGCAUUACAAUAGAACCAGGAGACCCUAAGUGGGUUGGUUGUUGGUGGAUGGGCUUUCUAAUAAGUGGAGUUUUGGCAUUAGCUAUUGCCUUACCAUUAUGUGGCUUCCCUAAAUCCCUCCCAGGAAGUGCUCAAAUCCGUGCAGAAAAGGUAUCAGAAGUGUAUAAAGGUUCGGAGUCUGCCACUUCCCAGCCAGGGUUUGGUAUGAGCAUUAAAGAUUUUCCUGUCUCAUUAAAGAUAUUGCUCACUAAUCCAACAUUUAUGUUCCUCUGCCUAAGUGGAGCAACAGAAGCAUUACUAGUCAGUGGCUUCACAGCAUUCAUUCCAAAGUUCAUUGAAUCCCAAUUCAGUAUAUCAGCCUCAUGGGCAGGCAUGUUAGUGGGGUUUGCCACUAUCCCAGCUGGGGGUGGAGGUACGUUAUUUGGUGGCUAUUUGGUGAAAAAGCUCAAACUGAAGUGCAGGGGUAUAAUCAAGAUGUGCUGCAUAACUUCGUCCAUAUCUCUCCUCCUGUUACUUAUAUUCUUCAUUCAGUGCAAUGACAUUCCGUUCAGUGGGAUUAAUACAAGUUAUAACAAUGGCAUGAGUGAGUUCUCUCCAGAAGAUAUCAACCUGAACUCUACAUGUAACACUGGUUGUAAUUGUGUUAGAGAGAGGUAUAAUCCAGUGUGUGGGUCCAACAAAAAGAUGUACUUCUCCCCAUGCUAUGCUGGCUGCACUGCCAUAAAGGAAGGCUCAAAACAAUCUGAUCUGUUGACAUACCUUAACUGUAGUUGUUUGGCUACCAGUAACAGCAGCCUCACCUUGAGCAGUGGCAACAUUACCACAGAAGUAACUGAGGGAAAGUGUGCCAGUGACUGUAUCAUGCUUUAUGUCUUCCUGCCUGUAUUUGCCUUGAUAAUAUUCUUCACAUUCAUGACUACUAUGCCUGCUCUCUCAUGUACACUCAGAUGUGUAGCAGAGGAGCAGAGGUCAUUUGCACUUGGAAUACAGUGGAUCUUGAUACGCUGUCUAGGGUCCAUACCAGGCCCCAUUCUACUGGGUGCUCUCAUCGACCAAACCUGCCUGCUAUGGCAGAAAGCCUCUGAUGAAUCCCCAACAGCAGGGGAAGGCUCCUGUUAUAUAUACAACAAUGGUAACAUGAGUACAUAUCUCAUGGUUACCUCUCUCAUUGGGAAAGCAUUGACUCUAAUUUUCAUAAUCCUGGCUCUUGUUCUCUACAAGGCACCCAAAGAUUCUAGUCCAGCCAAGAAAGAUAUUGACAGGGAUGAACCAACCUCAAUGACAAAUCUCAGCGAGCCAUCUCCAAAUCAUCAAAAGUACAGAAUAAAGAGAGAUUUGAAUGAGGAAAAUGCUAAUGUUAUGAAACUUUAGAGUUUUAAGUGGAAAGUGAUGAAUUUGAAAGUAACAAACUCGUUUACGAUAUAUUACUAUGAAUGGAGUCAGAUUAUCAGAGGUAUCAUUAUCCUGUGAACACUUUCAGAAUACAAACACAAGGAUAAGUGGGCUUGAACUAAAAACCACUCCAUCAUGGUCAUUGCCAGGUUACUUUUGAUACAGACAAACAUAUGUCUUUCAUUUGAUAAUUAAUACUGCAUUUGACCAAGUGCUUUCGAAACCUUUAGGUUACAGCCCUUAUGGCAAUGUUAAAUAAAUAUUAACAUUGAGACAUUAUUGUAAAUAUGUAAAUACAUUAGGGAAUAUGGAUCUUCAUAGCCUUGUAUCUCUGUCUUGGAGGACAAUAAGUUAAAGAUAAGGUUAUGUCAUAUACAGCCACAUCGUGUGUUCCACAGUGCUACAUGUAUUUGAUCUUCAAGAGCAGCUAUAUUGAGGGAAAUAUGUAUAUAUUUGUGUAUUACAAUAAGUAAAGUAAAAUAUGAUUCACAAGUGGUGACAUAUUGUUAAUGGUCUGCACAUUUUUUGUGGACUGUGUCAUUCACGUUCAGAGUCUGUAACAAA